GGGAGAGAGUGAUGGGGGCUGUCAGCCGGAGUCUGCACCAGUGCAACGCAGCCGACGGGAUUAAACUGCCAAAGCAACUAAGCGAUUAGCAGCGGCCAGUUUUGGGGAGACGUCGCUCGCCGCAUGUGCACGCCUGUCGGUGCCUGUGUGCCUGUUUGUGUGCUUGCGUGUGUGCGCGUGUGUGUGUGCGUGCAGACGGGGGCUCUCUACGCAAAACACCCAGCCGCAAAGACAACAUAAAUUUAAUACUAAUUGCAGGCACAUCCAAGCUCUCCGCUCUUCUGUAGGCGCGUUUCUUGAAGGAGGGAGAGGGAGAAGAGAGGGAGACGUGGUCGGCUAUGAUGAAAGAAAUCAGAUCGCGCAGCGCAAGAAUUUAAAAGCACCCAAGAAAAACAAGAAGCGUGCCGAGCAAUGGAGAGCCAGGCAGUGGAGCAGCAGAGCUACCAGGACGUGCGGAUGUGCGGGUACCUCCGCAAACCGAAAUCGACGCACCGGCGGUACUUCGUGCUGCGGGCCGCCUCGGAACGCGGUCCGGCUCGGCUCGAGUACUACGAGAACGAGAAGAAAUUCCGCAGCAAGGCGCCCGUCCCGAAGAAGACAGUGAGCCUGGAGACGUGCUUCAACAUCAACCGACGGGCAGACUCCAAGAACAGGCACAUGAUCGUGCUGUACACCCGCGGCGAGAGCUUCGCGAUCGCGGCGGACAGCGAGGAGGUCCAGAACGAGUGGUACCAGGCCAUGUUGGACCUUCAGUGCAAAAGCAGGACUCCCAGCGAGGGCAGUGGCGGCGACAUGCCGUCUCCAGGCCCCCCCUUCAAAGAGGUGUGGCAGGUGAAGGUGUGGCCCAAGGGCCUGGGACAGGCUCGGAACCUAGUGGGCGUCUACCGGCUGUGUCUGACGGACAAGACGGUGAGCUUUGUGAAGCUGAACUCAGACGCCGCCGCCGUGGUGCUGCAGCUGAUGAACGUGCGCCGCUGCGGGCAUUCCGAGAACUUCUUCUUCGUGGAGGUGGGCCGCUCGGCCGUGACGGGCCCCGGCGAGUUCUGGAUGCAGGUGGAUGACUCGGUGGUGGCUCAGAACAUGCAUGAGACACUGCUGGAGGCCAUGAAGGCCCUGAGUGAGGAGUUUUGCCAGCGGACUAAGUCCCAGUCAGUGGGGGCUCUUGCCGGUGGCGGAAAUGCCUCCAACCCCAUCAGCGUCCCCUCCCGACGCCACUACCCCAAUCCCCCUCCGAGCCAGGUGGGCUUUACACGGCGGCCUCGCACUGAUCCCCCCGGGACUGGAGGGGGCAGCAGCACCAACACUUCCCCCACUUCUCGCCACAGUUUCCCCAGAGCACGCACGGCAAGCAUUGGGGCUGGGACGGAGGAGGGCGGGGCAUCAGCGGGAGGGUUGGGGUCUGGGUACAGCCUGAGCGGCUCCUGCUCCACCACUCCGAACAUGAGGCUAAAGUCUCGUGCCCCUACUCCGGCCAAAAUCCCGCUGAGUUUAGCUUGUUACUCCUCAAACCCUGUCACCUCCCCGGCACCAAGCCUGUCCUCCAGCUCAGGCCAUGGGUCCGAAUGUGGGAUAACUGGGGCAGGGUUAGGAGUGGCAGGGAUCUAUGCCUAUAGCCGCUAUGUUCCUCAGGGGGUUUCUGGUUCCCCUAGUGACUAUGGCUCAUCAGAUGAGGGUGGCUGCAGCCCUGGCGAGAACUCCUUGCUCACUCCAGACCUCCCGGAGGCUUCAGCUGGAGGUCUGGGCUGCCACUCCCCAUUGGAGGAGCCGUCAAACUACAUUGCAAUGGGCCAGCGGGUCAUUGGCCCCUCACGCAGGCUGCUGCGGCGCUCCUCCAGCCGGGAAUGUGAAGCGGAGCGCCGGCUACAUAGCAAGAGGGCUUCUUUGCCCCCUUCGGCUCUGGAGCGGCCCUUGGCCAGCGAGGCUGGGGGCGAAGAUGGCAAGGCCGAGGACUAUGCCGUCAUGUCCCGUAGUCACAGCAGGGAGUCCUUCACGUCAUGUAGAGACUCUGCCACGGGUGCUACCGGUAGUGGAGGGUAUCUGGACAUAGCAGGGGAGGUUACGGCUAAGGAUGAGGGCCAGGGUGGAGUGGGAGGAGGACGGGCAGGAGGAGAACGGAUGGUGGAUAAUGGGUAUAUGACCAUGUUGCCGGGGGUGACUUCUCCUCCUGUUUCCCUGUCACUUUCCCUUUCACCCGCGGUCUCAGCCCCAAAGGCUGCCGGCAGUGAAGAAUACAUGGCCAUGACCCCCAACAACAGCGUGUCCCCUCCUCGUCACAUCCGGCCCUCAGGCUCUGAGGGGUACAUGGUGAUGUCCCCAAAUAGCAGCUGCUCCCCAGACCAGCAUGGGAUGGGUUUGUUAGGCAGCGGCUGGGGAAGCAGGAGAUCGAUGGACGGUAGAGUGGGAAGCGACUACAUGAACAUGUCUCCCAUCAGCCCUCGCUCUGCCAGCAGCACACCCCCACAAUACCAUGGGCAGCACCUGCAGCAGCCACCCCCGAAGAUGGUCUUUUCCUACUGCUCCCUGCCUCGAUCUUACAAACACACACUAUCUACCCCUUUCCAGGAUGAGCUUGGGCAAGGCACAAGGCCAGGAUGUCGUGGAAAUGAUGACCCGGAGUGCCGGCGCAAGGGGACAGACCACCCGAGCAGACCGGAAGCUUCCACAGGCCCUAAGGAAGGCCACCACCUGUCCCUCUCUUCCUCCUCGUACUCCUCCAGCUCCGCCAGCAGCGAAAGCCUUGAAGAGAGGCAUGCUCAACUCGUUGAAGCCAUAACGGGAAAAGGAAGACUUGGAUCUUUUGGAAACCUUGGCGAGAGCUUUAAGGAUGGAGCACUGCAGCAGAGGCGUGUGCCAGUGGGGCAGAAGCAAUGCAACUUGCAGCCAAUAAGAGGCCGGCCAUCCAGCCUCUUUGUCCAUGUCUCCAAAGCCAGCACCCUCCCUCGGGUGCGGGAACACCCUCUCCUUCCUGCAAAUCAGAGUCCUGGGGAGUAUGUCAGCAUUGAGUUCAAGGGAAAAAUGGCAGGGGCACAGGGGGGACUGGCACAUGGACCAUUGCACAAUGCCCCUGGACACUUCCGGCGACCUGCUGCCUGCCUGGCUGGCUCAUUGACACUCCCCCGUAGUGUGUCUGCUCCCCUGGCCCCACUUGCUGCCUCUGAGUAUGUCAACAUGGAACUGGGUACUUCUCCUGCUUCUUCGCCUCAUUCUCUGAUGCCCCUUGGCUUUCGUUCUGGCAAGAGCCCUCCCAGCCAACUUGCAGUCGCCCCAAAGGCUCGCCGCGAGCGCCAGUUGGGUCCUCGGGAGGGCGAGUUGCCGGACUCUGGCCAGGGGAAGAAUGGCGUACCUGUGGCCAUCACACCAGAGAUGGCGUCAUCUUGUGACUACACUGAGAUGGGCUUCACCUUUGGUGCCGCUGUGCCAUCUGAGUGUGCCAAUCCAGGGCCUCCCAAGGCUCCCGUUGGCCAUACAUCUUCCAUGGAGCUCGGGAUAGACUACCUGCCAACGGAGGUCAACACUGGUCCAGAGCAAGGCCACAAAACAGUCCGGGCGAACCCCCAGGCUCGGCGACGCCACUGCUCGGAGACUUUCCUCGCUCUCUCCUCCUCUUCCUCCGCCACGUCUCCUCCUUCGCUGUUUCCCAAGCAUGGCCAAACAGUGAUUCGGAGGCAAGCGAUGGAUGGCAUACUGUGGGCCAAUGCUGCGGCCGCUCCAUACGUCAACCCCAGGCCUCCCUCACUGCCUGCCGCCCAGCCUUCUUCCAUGGAGCAGGGCCUCAACUACAUCGACCUGGACCUUGUCAACAAGGAGAGUCCUCAUUCUGCACUUGAAGGUUCAUCUCCUAACCAGCCUCUUCCAGGUCGCCUCUUCGCCUCCGUCCUGGGUGGUGGACUCAGUGGGUGCGUAGGAGGGGGAAGCAGCGCCGGAAUAAGCCUCAACACUUACGCCAGCAUUGACUUCUACAAGUCUGAGGAGCUUCGGACGCACCAGAAUGGUAGCAAGGAUGGUACAGAAUGCUAAUGGCGCCACCUCCCUGCCCACUCUGCGAUUCGCCCGUGACUGGAGCUCCCUGCCAAUCAAAGACAGCAACACCCUCGAGGGUCUCCAAUCAGGAUCAUGAAGGCGGUCCUGCAUUGCUGGACACGCCCCUGGAGUGCUUUUAAAAUGCUGUCUUUUGUUAAUUUAUUUUUAAGUCGACUGCAACCGACAAAAAAAAGAAAUUAAAAAAUCAUGUGCCAAAAGACUCUGAAAGUGAGGAAAGCCAAUUAACUCUAUAGAUCUCUGAUAAACACAGAGGAAUCCAAGGAACCGUAAAGAACCCCAAGGAUCCCUAAUGCUCUCUGCAGAACCCCAGGAAUCCCAAGGAUCCCUAAGGAACCCUGCACAGCCCUGAGGAAUCCCAAGGAUCCCUAAUGCUCCAUGCAGAACCCUGAGGAAUCCCAAGGAUCCCUAAGGAACCCUGCACAGCCCUGAGGAAUCCCAAGGAUCCAUAAUGCUCCCUGCAGAACCCCAGGAAUCCCAAGGAUCCCUAAGGAACCCUGCACAGCCCUGAGGAAUCCCAAGGAUCCCUAAUGCUCCCUGCAGAACCCUGAGGAAUCCCAAGGAUCCCUAAGGAGCCCAGCGGAACCCUGAGGAAUCCCAAGGAUCCCUAAGGAACCCCGAAGAGCCCUGAGGACCCCAACUUGUAGAAGAUCAUAAAAUUAUAUAGACCCUAAAUGCCAAGCAGGAACUAGUAAAAUUUAUUCUCUGUUCUAAGCAUAUUAUUAAUAAUAACAAUACUAAUAAUUGUAAUUAACAUGUUAUAUAAUCCAAAACUUAUAAUGAAAUAUAGUGAUUAUAUGAUUACUGAACACGUGUAUCACUUUUUAAAAGUGCCUUUUAAUUUGAUUGUAGCCAUUUUACUAAGAUAAUCAUGAAUAGGUGAAACAGAGUAAAAAGUUCUUCAUUUGUCCAUUUUUAUAGUAUCCACUGGAAGGCAGAUAUAAGUCUCUGUCUGUAGGACUGCAGCGUUUCUCAGUCACGCCGCCAGGCUGGUCGACCAGGCGGCCCCCGCGUGAUUCCCCUUGCCCCCCCCCCACAAAAUCCACCACAGGAGAUCUCUGUCCUACGUAGGAACUCACACGAGUAGCCAGGAAUCACACGUGCACGUGCCGCUGGACCUGCGAGCGUAUUCGUACACGCACACUCGACCUUGACGUCUGGCUGAUCAUUGGCUGAUGACCGUGAGCGCCCCCUGGAGCCGACGGGGUGCAAGGCGGCCUUCCCGGGGGCAGCAGUGGAAUACAGUGGGUGUGUCCAGUGCACAGGGUAUUUCCCCGUGUGUCCCGGCAUCCUCCAUCCGCUGGGCACCUGGGUUACUUACAUUUUGCAGCAAACCUGAGAUACAACUGUAGUGUCACGUUUUGGCUGUAAUUCUUGCACACUCAUUCUUCCUUUUUUUCCUCCUCUUCCUCUUCCUCUUCAUCAUCCUUUCCACCGAAUUUUUAUGUCCUUCUCUUCCUUUUCUCUAACUUCCCCUCUAUCUCUUCUUCCUCUUUCUUUCCCUUUCAUGUAUCUAUUUCUCUUCCUAUCCCUCUUCAUCUUCCACUCCUCUUCCUUGCACUCUCCCUUUUCUCUCUGUUUCUCUUUCUUCUGCCCUCCCCCUUCCUCUCCUCUCCCUCUAGAGACACACCCACACCUAUCUCCAGAAACACUGAAGUGCCUGCAAGUCCUUCACCUGGGUUCAGAGACAAUGCCCCGCCCCCUUGACCCCGCCCCCAGAUCCUGGCCCCACCCACUCACACACAUACAACCAGCCAAUACAGAUAUAAUGUCAGUGUUCCAAAGGAUCUGCCUCUUAUUGCGCAAAAGAUAAUGUCGCGUGACAUCAGACCACAGUCAAACGUUUGAAUUGUUCCUUCUUCACCCGACCCCCUCCCCACCCUGCCCCCAGGUUUUCUUUCUGAUUCUCUGAUUGACGUGUGCGUGCGAGCUUACGCCUGUGACGGACCUUAACGUUAAGCUACCUAUCCUCCAGCGGAGUGCACGGCGUCGUGCUUUUGUACCAUACUUCUGUUCACUGUAGCUCUAGUGCUCACGCAUUCCCGCCUCACUAUUCCUGCGCCAGCUGCAAAGCGCUGUGGUUAAUCCAUCAGAAACUGAACUUUUGCUUUAUAACCACGGACCAGGAUGCGUCUGCUGUUUUUACCAGACCUCAGUUGCCGGUCGGUGGCAGAGGCCGUACCUAAUCCCCCCUGCAUGUGGAUCGCUGCACACGUAAAUGAAAAGCUGAUUUCAUAUUUCCACGCUGUCUGUCCCGUCCUGGGACUCACCACAGUGGACUCAUCUGCUUUAACGCUGUAGAUUUUUGCCUUGACUUUUUGCAAGUUUUGUUAAAAAACAGACAAACAAAAAAAGAUUAUCUUAAGCAAGCCUGCAUCUGGAUUUCAGUCUCUGAAAUAUGUUGAAGAAGGUUUUUACAUUUCUUUAUAAAAGGGUAAUUCCUGCUUUUUCAUUCAAGUUUACAGGUUUAUGAUUUUUACAUGAUAGAUAUUUUAUAUCAUUGUUUCCCUUUUAUUUAAGACUGAUUUAUACUGAAAACAUUGAGGAAACUGCGGAAGUAAAGAUUUCAGGAAUGUUUGCAUGUAUGUCUGGCUGUAGUCUGUCUGUGUGUUAAUUUCCCCAUGAACUCUACUGCCUUAAGAGCUGCUGAUAACUAAUUCUUUAUAUGACAAGAGCAUUUUGAGAACAAGGCAGUUUGGCAGGAGUUUAACUUCGAAAACACUAAACAUUUCUGAAGGUUUAGACCAGUGUCUGCCAAUCCGGUCCUCAGGUACCGGGAGCUGGGAGGGAGCAAAAAUGUGGGCUGUCUGGCAGGGAGCUGAGAGGGAGCAAAAAUGUGGAUUGUCUGUGGGUCCCCAAGGACCGGGUUGGGAAACACUGCUUUACACCAAGUUAAACCCAAGAAGCCAAGCUUCAGCUUUUUUAAAAAAAUAUUGAAAUACCUUUAACGGGGAAAGACCCUUGGAGGAGAGUUACUGCAGAGCUCAGUAUAAUUGAAAUUACACUGGUGAUGAAGGCUGUAUUAUGUUAAUAAGAUAAUGAUGCUUUGUGGAACGGAAUGAGCAGCACAUGUCUUUUACUGUAGGAUUUACGCAUUUUUUUCUGUAUAUUGAGGAGUAGAAUUUGAGGGAUGCGGGGAUACAGGGUUAAUUAAAUGACUGUGCUUUUUUUCUCUCCUCUUAAUGGCAAACUUGCAAAAUGGCAGACCAUAGCGAUUCUUGCCUGUGAUGUA